ACCGCGUUUAUUUAAAAGUACAACUUAAACUUAAACUUUUAAUCAGGCUAUCGUAAACGUUCUCUUUCUUUAAUAAGAAAAACCAAAAUUGGUAUAUCUCUCUGUGAAUGUGGAUAAUCAUUCGAAACUUGAAACUUGAAUUUUCCACUUACUUUAUGAAUAAGCAUCAAGUAAACCGAACUGAAGGUGGAACUUGACAGCAGAAAGCAGACAACAAGCAGAAGCUCCAAGCUCCUUGAAGCAACACCCGCACGUACAGAAUCGUGACAUUAAGCUGUGUUAAAGAAAACGAGUUUAUCUGCUGCAGUUGAGUGAACUCCACCGUCUCUCUGUCACAGUCACAGCCAGCCCAGCCCUUGGCAACCGGCUUGAUUCACCGGCACCGCUGAGGCGACACAACCAUGGCUCUUGUAGUUUCCCAGGAAACAUUCGAUCAAGUGGUUCGCGAAAAUGUCGAGGAUCUGGACAUGGACUUAGAGGAGGCUGCCGAGGAUGCUAUACAACAGUUUAAAGCACAGGGUGUUGAUCUUGGAAAUAUCAUCACGGAUCCAAAUAUGAAAAAAGAGUCAGAAUCAGAAUUAUCAAGCUGUAUCGCUCAUUUGUCUGGUUUCAAAUACAACGAUUCUAAUGAUUCUGAUCUUGAUAGAGACCUACAGACCAUAAGGAAGUGGUGUGACAAAGGCAUUCAGUACAGGAUUCUUGCUGGCAAGUUUAAAGCUUACAAUGCAUUAAUAAAUGUUCUAAGCCAAUCUCUAGACAGGGGAAAAAUUCUUACAAGUAUUCUCAAGACUCUCACAUCACUUUUGACUGGAUACCCCGAUUUGUUUGAUGAUGAUGGUGCUGAUGCCUUAUUGUCAGUAUUAUCCACAUCAAAAGAAGCUGAGAUCGUUGUUGCCUGUUUGAAGGUAGCACAAGCAUGCUGCCUCAAGCAUGAAAAAAAUAGACAGAAAUUUGCAAACAGAGAAAUCCACACCUUAAUUACUUCCCUGUUGGAGCUGUCUAAUGAUUCUGCUAUUCUUAUUGAGACUUGUGAACUCAUCAAACUUCUCACUCUGGAUGAUGACAUACGUGAGCAAAUUAGCAGAGCUCAUGAACAUGCCCGUUUGAUAGCAAUCAAUAAUCUCUGCAUUUUGUGUGAUUUGCUUGGGAAAAACAGGAAUGACAUGGCCACGGCACCUCACAUACUUGCAGCUUUGUCAGCUAUUGUAGUUCGUAAUGAAUUUUGUGAGAAAGUGGACCAGGCUGGUGGUAUAAUUCAUAUUCUGGACAUAUUAGCUGCCCAUCCAGAUACUGAGAGAGUCAAUCUGCAGUGCCUUAAAAUGAUCAAAGUCUUGGCAGGGAAUGAUGAUGUAAAGUUGCAUCUCAUGCAGAGUGGUGCAUCCCCAUUACUGCUGGCAGCUAUGUCUCGUCACAAGGGAAGCAGUGUUGUAUCAUCUGCUGGCUGCAGUUGCAUUGCUGCACUGGCUCUGAGAUCUCCUGACAAUGCCCAAGUUCUUGUUGACAAUGGAGCAGCUGAUGCUCUUGUUGAUGCUUUGAAAAUCCACAGCAAAAAUGGCAAUGUCCAGAGAGCGGCCUGCUUAGCCAUACGUAACUUGGUUUCCAGAAACAAAGGACUCUGCGCAACCUUCCUGUCUUUGGGUGUUGAAGAUCUUUUAAACUCUGUUGACAAAGCUACAUGUUGGGAUGAGGCUAAAGCAGCACUGCGAGAUUUGGGAUGUAAUGUUAAGCUUGAGGAACCUUUCAAAGGCAAGGGAGUCAAAUUAUCACAAGGAGAUUAAUUGCACAUGUGAAAUGAAGAAAGUGGUGUCGGCAUCACAUAUAACAACCAUUAAAAUUUGCAUUGAGUUUGAGGAGAAGGGUUCAAUGAUGAAACUACCAUAAUUUGCUUUUCAUUUUUUUAAAACUUUUUUCUUUUUAUUUUAUAGUACUUAAUUUACAAAACGUUUUCCCUUUUAUUAACAAUGAAUGCAUUUUUGUUGGUUUUAUUUUUUAUAUAUUUUUUUUUUACAAGUAAAAUAUUUACCCCACUUAUAAAGACAAAAUGAACACUUCCCAUUCCACCCCAGCAUUAAGAUUUUAAAAUGGGUGUCGGAGACAAAACAGCAGGGGAAAUAGGUU